AUGGCAUCUUCAAUAGACGUCCCCGCGUCUACUACGACAGCUUCGUCUCUGGGGGCUCAGGCCCCGUCGAGGUCUCAGGGAGAUCAUAGAGGUGGCGGGAGAGGCAGAGGCUCUCAUCGUCGAGGCAGGGGAGGGAGAGGCGAUGCGCACGCAGUUGCGAAUGGGACGCCGCAGCCACCGCUGCAGCAACGGACGACGCAAGAACAACCACACGAACAGCAACACCAGCAACGGAGAGCGAGGGGAGGACGAGGCCGGGGGAGAGGGAGAGGCGCCUCCCAUGCCGGCCGGUCAGAAGUAGUCACCACAAGGGCGUUCCGUGGCAGGUUGACACAGCCAACCGAGUCCUCGUCUUCGAGACACACGAACGGGGCAGCAUCCCAGGACCAGAGACACAGUGCCGAAGCCGAGUCUUCUCCUUCCCUACGGCCUGACGCCUCGGAAUUCGUUCCCGGGCAGCCUCAUAAGACUCUCAACCCUCCUGAACAGUCUUCCUCCCCCUCGAAACAGCCCCGACGGCACCCAAAGAAACCUACCAAGCCUCUCACAAAGUCGGUAGCCGAUAACAUCACCACGCGCAUCCACGAAGACAUUUCGAACAACCUAUAUGAAUGUCCCAUAUGCACGUCCGAACUCGGCCCCAGAUCAAAGGUCUGGUCCUGCAGACAGUGCUGGACCGUCUUCCAUCUUCACUGUAUCAAGAAAUGGUCGACUAACGAAGGAUCCGUACAUACAAGACCGCGGGACCAGGAGCAGGAGGAUGACUCCGAGCUUCCACCUGCUCGCCAGUGGAGAUGUCCCGGCUGUAAUCUGCCUCAAGACACUCUUCCGUCAGGGUAUACUUGUUGGUGUGAGAAGGAGAUGGAUAUCAGAUCUGUCCCUGGCCUCCCACCCCAUUCAUGUGGCCAGUCAUGCUCUAGGUCAAGGGAGGGAUGCCCUCAUCCUUGUGAUUCCGUCUGUCAUGCUGGCCCCUGUGCUCCCUGUCAGGCCAUGGGCCCUGUACAAAGCUGCUAUUGCGGAAGACAUGAGAUCCAGAAGAAAUGCGUAGACACGGACUACGUCUCUGGUUGGAGCUGCAAAGAAACCUGUGAGGAGCUUCUCCCAUGUCUACAACAUACCUGUCAACGGUCAUGCCAUGAAGGCCUUUGUGGAGAGUGUGAAGAGCUAGUUCCAGCAAGAUGUUACUGCGGCAAGGUUACUAGUCAGAUAUUGUGCAAUGUCAAGGAAGAAGAAAGAGAGUCCCGGAAUCAGGAAGAAACUUGGAUAGGUUCUUUCACCUGUCCGGAUAUCUGUGGCAGACUAUUUGAUUGUGGCAUCCACCACUGUGAAAAAUCUUGUCAUCCUCAGGACACACUUCCUUCUCACUGCCCUACAGCCCCCGAUAUGGUCUCCCACUGCGCCUGUGGGAAGACCAAGCUUGUCGAUAUGGAUAUCAAGCCACGCAUAGCUUGUACGGAUCCUAUUCCCAGCUGCCAGAAGAGCUGUGACAAGCCCCUGAGAUGUGGCCAUCCUUGCCCCAAGUCGUGUCAUACUGGACCCUGUCCACCAUGCUACCUCACCAUGGAGGUCUCUUGUAUGUGUGGACGAACUACAGCGAAAACCCUCUGCCACCAGGGAAAGACAGAGGCACCUUCUUGUAUGCGCGUGUGCAAGGCCACGCUCAACUGCGGCAGACACGCCUGUGGCGAGCAUUGCUGUACUGGCGAACGCAAAGCCAUUGAACGACUCGCGACUAAGAAGAAGCUAAAGUCCCUGAAUGUUCGGCAGACUGAUGAAAGUGACAUUGAGGCAGAGCACAUCUGCACGCGCGUGUGUGGGAAACUCCUCAAAUGCGGUACCCACGAGUGCCAGGAGCUGUGCCAUCGAGGUCCCUGUGCUAGAUGUCCAGAAGCCAUAUUCCACGAAAUUACAUGCAACUGCGGUAGAUCUGUACUCUACCCUCCUCUACCCUGUGGAACAGGACCGCCAGCCUGCAACUUCAACUGCGGCCGGUCCAAACGAUGUGGUCACCCCCAGACACCACAUAACUGCCAUACAGACGACGAAUCCUGUCCCAAAUGCCCAUUCUUGACGGAAAAGAAGUGUCUAUGUGGAAAGAAGGUGCUCAAGAAUCAGCCCUGUUGGCUAGUUGAUGCUAGAUGCGGACUUGUUUGUGGCCAGGAACUCCAGUGUGGCUCGCAUACAUGCAAAAAGGAAUGUCACCGCCCCGGCGACUGUGAAGACUCUAUAACUAGUUGCCAGCAACAGUGUGGGAAGAUUAAGAAGCAAUGCUCCCACACCUGCACCGAACCAUGCCAUGCACCAUUCCCGUGUCCAGAGAAGACACCAUGUCAGUCAAAGGUUACAGUUACCUGCCAGUGCGGACGAAUUAAGCAGGAAAAACGCUGUGGUGCAACCAAGGAUAAGGAUCGCCAGGGACACGAAGCUCCAUCUUCUCUCCCCUGUGAUGAAGAAUGUGGUCGAAUUCAGCGUAAUCGCACCAUUGCUUCUGCUUUUGGACUCGAGGUCGAUCCAUCCAGCACUGCAACAGCGUCCGAACCACUCACACUGGAGAACCUCCCUUACUCCAAAGAAACACUUGACAUGUACAUGGAACUAGCCUCGUCUUCUUCCCUCUCGACCAUGGAAACUUACGAAUCCAAGCUCUACGAACUGGCUCGUAGUAUGACAGACCGCUCAACUCGCUUCCCACCUACUCGAGCCAAUUUCCGUGCCUUCGUCCACUCGCUUGCGGAAGAUUGGGGUUUCAAAUCCGAAAGUCUCGACCCAGAACCCCAUAGACAUGUCGUCGUUUUUAAGUCUGGCGGCUGGUUGCCGCCCUCCCUUGCUGGACCAGGAAUAGGUAUUCGAGGAAUCAGCGUAGGCGACUGCGCCAAGUUCCGUGAUAGAGAACGACUGAAAGAAAGAGCCGCCAAACGUGAGGCGGCCGCUGAACGUGCUAGGCUUGAAGCUGCUCUUAAAGAAGCAUCUUCCGCCAGAGCCAAUGACGGAUGGGCACAGGUUGUAUCGAGAAAGCGUCCGGGCACAAGCAGCAGCCCAGGUGAAGCUUCUCCUUAUGGAUUUGGAACUUCUACGCCCAGCGACUCGAAAGGAAAACUGGUACUGCGUAGCGGCAUUGGAUUAGGACGAACCGUUGGCACUGCCUCGCGAUUUGGCGCUUUGGGAAUGGACGGUGCUGAUGCACAUGCUGAUGAUGAUGUAGUUGAAGACUGGGAGGAAGAGGUUGCGCGUGAAGAGCAAGAAAUGAAGGAGAAAAUGGAGACGAUGGAUGUGCAGCAUGAUGGAGACUCCCCGUCUGCUUAA